AUGAACCCUCACCAGAAGAACAAGGUCGACGUCAAGUCACUCACUCCCGAGGAACAGCGCCUCUUCCGUCUCUACGGCAAGCUGCCCUCUCGAUCCGACCACUUCGCCAAGCAUCUCAAGGACCGCAAGUAUUUCGACUCGGGUGACUAUGCCAUGUCCAAGGCCGGCAAGGGUGACGGUGUUGACGCUGGUGCCGUCGGCUCUCAGCAUCCCCUCCCCGAGAACAUUCCCCACCUCUCAUCCCCGGUGAACGGCUCCGGAACCAACGUCCCCAAGCACCACGGCUCCGUCCCCGGCAUCCAGGCCGGCAGCCCUAUCAAGGAGAGCAGCUUCCUCAAGAGCGAGACCAGCGUCGACGAGACUCAGGGAGACGAUGCCGACAAGCCCCAGGGUGCAGACGCUGCUGCUGCUGCACCUGAGCCUGUUGCCGCCGGCGGCGAGGGCAUCCCCAUCCGAAGAUAG